AUGGAAAUAAAGAGGAAGUCACCUGAGAUUGUCGAGGCGUUUGUACGUAGUAAUGACGCUGGAUGUUGUCACUGUGCUCUUUUAUUGCUAAGUAUUCCUGGUAUUAGUCAACGUACAGGUGUAACUACAAGCCGAUACGACUUCAGUGAAUCAAACAGUGGUAAAGAUAUAUGCGAUCGCCAUAUUUCUCCUUUGAAAAGUCAUAUACGCCAGUACGUCAAUGCAGGAAAUGAUGUCGAGAACGCAAAAGAUAUGAAGAAAGCAAUAGAUUCUUACUCCGGAGUUAGAGGUUGCCGUGCAUCAGUUGUAAAGGUGGACACGUGCGCCCAGGAUCUGCAUAAUCACAACUGGAACGGAGUACUGAUGUUUUCAAACUUCAAGUUUUGCGCAGACGGAAUCAGGAUGUGGAAAGCCUUUAAUGUUGGAGAAGGAAAGUUCGUUCGUUACGAUAAGCUAAUGAAGAGAGGCACCAGCUAG